AUGGCUGAUCUUCCAAUUGAUUUCACUGAAUUAGUUGAUUUAACUUCUAUUGGUAUUAAUCCACAGUUUUUAGAUUUUAGAUCAACAACUUUCGAAAGUGACCAUUUUGUCACUGUAAGAGAAUCUUCUGCUGAUGGCUCAACAAAUUCAGUUGCUAUCGUUAAUCUAGCUAAAAAUAAUGAAAUCAUUAGAAAAAAUAUGGGUGGUGACUCUGCAAUCAUGCAUCCAGAGCAAAUGGUUAUCUCUGUUAGAGCUAACGGUACAAUAGUCCAAAUCUUUAAUUUAGAGACCAAGACCAAGUUGAAGUCAUUCACCCUGGAUGAACCUGUUAUAUUUUGGAAAUGGUUGAGUAAUGAUGUUUUAGGUUUGGUAUCUGCUAGAAAUAUCUAUACUUUAAAUGUUUUUGAUGGUAAUGUAAAUGGCAAACCAGCCCUUUUAACUCAAAGAAAUGCUGCUCUAAAUAAUACCCAAAUUAUCAAUAUCAUCGCCAACAACAAGUUAGAUUGGUUUGCACUUGUUGGUAUAAUGCAAGAAAAUGGUAGGAUUGCUGGUAAAAUCCAGCUAUACUCAAAAAACCGUAAUAUUUCUCAAGUUAUUGAUGGUCAUGUGGCUACUUUUACUAAUAUCCUUUUGGAAGGAAAUGGAUCUCAAAUGGUUCAAGUCUUUGUUACAGGUAAUAGAAAUGUUAACACUGGGAAUGGUGAAUUAAGAAUCAUUGAAAUUGACCAUGAUGCCAACUUACCUGUUCAAUACUCUAAGAAAAGUACCGAUAUCUUUUUCCCACCAGAUGCCACAAAUGAUUUCCCUAUCGCUGUUCAAGUCUCUGAGAAAUAUGGUAUUAUUUACAUCUUAACAAAAUACGGGUUCAUUCAUCUUUACGAAUUGGAGACAGGUACUAAUCUUUUUGUCAAUAGAAUUACUGCGGAAUCUGUCUUCACUUCAACAUCUUAUCGCAACAAGAACGGUAUCGCUUGUAUCAAUAAAAAAGGUCAAGUACUUGCUGUGGAAGUCGCCAAAGAACAAAUUGUUCCUUAUAUCUUAGAAAAAUUAUCUAAUGUUUCCUUAGCUCUAACAGUUGCCAAAAGAGGUGGUCUUCCUGGUGCUGAUGAUCUUUUCAACAAACAAUUUGAAACAUUAUUGGCUAACGGAGAUUACCAAAAUGCUGCUAAAGUUGCUGCUUCUUCCACUUCCUUGAGAAAUAGUAAUACAAUCAAUAGAUUGAAAAAUAUUCAAGCUGCCCCAGGUGCUAUUUCUCCAAUCUUGGUGUAUUUCUCAACUUUAUUAGAUAAAGGUAAAUUGAACGCAGAAGAAACAAUUGAAUUAGCAAGACCUGUUCUACAGCAAGAUAGAAAACAGUUGUUUGAAAAGUGGUUAAAGGAAGAUAAACUAGAAUGCUCAGAAGAAUUGGGUGACAUUGUUAAACCGUUUGACAAUACUUUAGCCUUAGCUUGUUACCUGAGAGCUAAUUCUCAUGCUAAAGUCGUUACUACGUUAGCCGAACUACAACAAUUUGACAAAAUUUUACCUUAUUGUCAAAAAGUUAACUUCCAACCAAACUUCCUUGUUUUGAUUUCAAGUAUCAUCAGAUCAUCCCCAGACAGAGCCUCAGAAUUUGCUAUUUCUUUAUUACAAAACCCUAAAGUUGGUUCUAAAUUAGAUAUUGAAAAGAUUGCCGAUUUAUUCUUCUCUCAAAACUUUAUUCAACAAGGUACUUCCUUGUUAUUGGACGCCUUAAAAAAUGAUACACCAGAUGAAGGCCAUUUACAAACAAAAGUACUUGAAGUUAAUUUGUUGCACGCACCACAGGUCGCAGAUGCUAUCCUUGGCAACAAUAUCUUCUCCCACUAUGAUAAACCAACAAUUGCUUCCUUAGCCGAAAAAGCUGGUUUAUAUCAAAGGGCUUUAGAAAACUAUACUGAUUUAUCUGAUUUAAAGAGGUGUAUUAUUCACACAGAUGUCUUACCUGUUGACUGGUUAGUUGCUUUUUUCGGUAAAUUGAAUGUGGAGCAAACAUUAACAUGUUUAAAGGCUUUAAUGGAUAACAAUUUACAAGCUAAUUUACAAAUUGUAGUUCAAGUUGCUACUAAAUUUUCUGACUUAAUUGGUUCUUCUACCUUAAUCAAGUUAUUUGAAGAUUACAAGGCUACCGAAGGUCUGUACUAUUACUUAACUUCUUUAGUUAACUUAACUGAUGAUAAAGAUGUUGUGUACAAAUAUAUCGAAGCCGCCGCUAAGAUUAAACAAUACAACGAAAUUGAAAGAAUUGUUAGAAACAAUAACGUUUUUGAUCCGGAAAGAGUUAAAAACUUUUUAAAGAAUGCUAAUUUAGAAGAUCAAUUACCAUUUGUCAUUGUCUGUGAUCGUUUCGGUUUUGUCCAUGAAAUGAUCUUACACCUUUACAAAUCCCAAAACUCAAAAUUUAUUGAAACUUAUGUGCAACAAGUUAACCCAUCUAAGACUGCAGAAGUCGUUGGUGCUCUAUUGGAUAUGGAUUGUGAUGAAAAAUUUAUCCAAGAUUUAUUAAAUUCUGUCUUAGGCCAAGUUCCUAUCAGCGAAUUAACUGAAGAAGUUGAAAAAAGAAACAGACUAAAAUUAUUAUUACCUUACCUUGAAAAAAGUCUUGAACAAGGUGCUCAUGAUAAAGCUAUCUAUAAUGCAUUAGCAAAAAUUUACAUUGACUCUAAUAAUUCACCGGAAAAAUUCUUAAAAGAAAAUGAUCAGUAUGACACUUUAGAUGUUGGCCACUACUGUGAAAAAAGAGAUCCAUACUUGGCAUAUAUUGCAUAUGAUAAAGGUUCUAAUGAUGAUGAUUUAAUUCGUAUCACUAAUGAUAAUAGUAUGUAUAAAUACCAAGUCAGGUACUUAUUGAAACGUUCCAAUCUAAACUUAUGGAACAAGGUUCUUGAUAGUGAAAACAUUCACAGACGUCAACUGAUUGAAUCAGUUAUUUCAGUUGGUAUUCCCGAAUUAAUAGAUCCUGAGCCUGUUUCAAUUACAGUUCAAGCCUUUAUGUCCAAUGGUUUGAAAUUAGAAUUAAUUGAAUUAUUAGAAAAGAUCAUCCUAGAACCAUCCCCAUUCAAUGAUAAUGUUGCUCUUCAGGGUUUAUUAUUGUUAUCUGCCAUUAAAUACGAGCCGGUUAAAGUGUCCACAUAUAUUGAAAAGCUUGAAAACUAUGAUACUGAUGAAAUCGCUCCAUUAUGUAUUGAACAUGGUUUAAAUGAAGAAGCUUUUGAAAUUUAUAAUAAACAUGAAGUAUACAGCAAAGCAUUAAAAGUCUUGGUUGAAGACAUUAUGUCUCUGGACAGAGCUGCAGACUACGUUGAAAAGAUCAAUACUCCAGAGUUAUGGUCUCAACUAGGUUCUGCUCAAUUAGAUGGUUUACGUAUUCCAGAGGCAAUUGAUUCUUACAUCAAGGCGGAAGACCCAUCAAAUUUCGAAAAUGUAAUCGAGAUUGCUGAGCAUGCAGGUAAAUAUGAAGAAUUAAUACCAUAUUUAACUAUGGCCAGAAAAACUAUAAAGGAUUCCAAGAUUGAUAACUCUUUAAUAUUAUGCUAUGCAAGAUUAGAUAAGCUCCAUGAAAUUGAAAAUCUGUUAUCUACUUCUACUGUUGCUAAAUUAGAUGUUGUUGGAGAUCAACUUCUGGAAAGCAAAAAUUACAAGGCCGCCAAAUUAUGUUUCAGCGCUAUUUCCAACUACUCAAAAUUAGCUUCUACUUUAGUAUAUUUGAACGAUUACCAAAAUGCUGUUGACACCGCUAGAAAGGCCUCCAAUAUAAAAGUAUGGAAGUUGGUUAACAAUGCUUGUAUCGAACAAAAAGAAUUUAGAUUAGCACAAAUUUGUGGUUUGAAUUUAAUUAUACAUGCUGAAGAACUCGACGAAGUUGUUGCCAAAUAUGAAACUAACGGUUACUUUGAAGAAUUAGUAUCUCUAUUUGAAGCUGGGUUAGGGUUGGAGAGAGCUCAUAUGGGUAUGUUUACUGAAUUAGCAAUCUUAUAUGCCAAGUACCAUACUUCUAAAGUCUUUGAACACUUAAAAUUGUUUUGGUCUAGAUUGAAUAUUCCAAAAGUUAUUAAAGCUGUCGAAGACGCCCAUUUAUGGCAAGAGCUUGUUUUCUUAUAUGCUCAUUAUGAUGAAUGGGAUAAUGCUGCUUUGACCAUGAUUGAAAAGUCUGCAAGAAACUUUGACCAUGAUUACUUUAAAGAAGUUAUUGUAAAGGUAUCCAACUUAGAACUCUAUUACAAGGCCAUUAAUUUCUAUGUGAAAGAACAUCCUUCGUUAUUAAUUGAUUUGUUAUCUGUUUUAACCCCAAGACUAGAUAUACCAAGAACUGUUAAGCUUUUUACCAAUUCGGACAACUUACCUUUGAUCAAACCAUUCUUAAUUAACGUUCUACCCAAAAACAACUUUGUUGUAAAUGCCGCUUAUCACGAUUUGAUGAUCGAAGAAGAGGAUUAUCUAGCUUUACAAGAUGCUGUUAAUUCCUAUGAUAAGUUUGACCAAUUAGGUCUUGCUGCACGUCUUGAAUCCCACGACUUAAUCUUCUUCAGGGAAAUUGCUGCAUUACUAUAUCGUAGAAACAAGAAAUGGUCCAAGAGUUUAAAUAUUUUUAAAGAAGACAAGCUUUGGAAAAAUGCCAUCGAAACUGCAGCUAUUUCCCAGGAUUCUAAAGUUGUAGAGGAUUUAUUAACAUAUUUUGUUGAUACUGGCAAUCAUGAAGCCUUUGUUGCCUUAUUAUAUACCGCCUAUCACUUGAUUAGCUACGAUUUUGUUUUAGAGUUAUCCUGGUUAAAUAAUCUAGAUGACUAUAUUAAACCAUUUGAAAUUUCCAUUAAAAAGGAACAAAACGACACCAUUCAAGAUCUUUCAAAGAAAUUAGCUGCUGGUGCUACUAUCGAAAAUGAAACAAGAGAUGGUCAACCAUUAAUGUUAAUGAAUUCUGCCAUGAAUUCACAAUCUACAUGGUCCUAA